AUGCAUCGCGGCUCAGGUCCAUCCGGCCCCACAACAACUGCCCCACGACGAGCCUUGACCACAAGUACAAGCACAUCAUCUGGAAACAUGAGGACCAUGAAUGUCGACUACUGUCCCAUGGAGGUCAGCGACCUCAGUGCCUCCGAGUCCUUUAGCAGCGUCAGUACGAGUACACACAAGCGAAUCUCUCGCAGAGACCGCAUCAAGGAGUCUGCUGCGGACAGUGUGCCCUCGGCCGCCAAGAGAAUCUCUCGUAGAGACAGAACACAGCAGAAAGGUGAUGACUCCGUUAGUGCGGCUUCCAGCAAUGUACGAAUCUCCCGCAAGGACCGCAGAAAGGGCCGCCGCAGGUCACCAAAGACCACCAGUACCAUUCAAACGGUACAGGAGGAGUGGCGUCCUUCCGAUUGUGCUCCUCCCGCUCUGAUGCGCCGAUCCACCUUGGAUACGCCCAUCAACCUGCGGCAUCAUCAUCAUCAGAGCACCACCACCAUUGUCCGCAGCAACAGCAACAUCAGCAGCAACCAUGGACCACCUCUCCAACGACGUGCCACAUCGGACAGCAUCACCACCAAGUCCAUCACGAUCAACAUUACCGUAGAGCGACGUCGUCGUCCUCGUAGAAAGAGUCAACAAGGCUUGGACCGCAAUUCAUCUCAUGCCAGUAUCUCCUGCUGCAAUGAUAAUAGCACCAUCAGCACCACCCCGUCCUUGCAGCGACGAUCCACCAUUGAUACACCCCUCAGUUUGCGACGCCCCAUCGUUUCCAUUCCCGAACCAAUGCUCUUGCGACGAUCUUCCACGGACUUUUCCAAUAACCCCCGGCAACGUCAGGCACCCGCCAAACCCCAGCGUCGUGCCAGUAUUCUUACAGGAGGAACGGCGGCGACAGGACGACAGCAAACGCAGCGCCCCGAUUUGGAUUCCGAGACUUCCGUCACCGAUCACGACGACGAGUAUUGGCAGCCAAAUACUAGUAGUGUGCUCGUACGAGAAGUACAGGAUAAGGACGAUACACCUCCUCCUUCGUUUCGACGCAUGCGCACCGCCGAUUCGCUCCCCAUUGUUCCCCAGCGACGGUACAGUGUCAGUAGCAGCAAUGUCAGCAGUGUGCAACGAUCCUUGAGCUUUUCCGAAAAUGAUUGCCUUCAUCCAUCCACCAGUCGGUGGGGGACGGCGCGAUAG